UGGUCGGGUGGUGUAGUUGUCAUUCUUUUUUUCUAAAGUGUGGUAGAGUGAUUUUCACGUUGCUCUCGUAUAUUGCGGUUGUCGUACAUAAAAUGUGUUAGCUGUCGACCUUGCGGACCAGCCCGAACAGCAUUUCGUUCAGUGCAGUGUAACAUAGUGAAUAUAUAGAGCAUGACGGAGCCAAAACCAUCAGGACUAAGACCGCCGUCAAAGAUAGGACGACCUUGCUCCACCAUGCCUCCUAGACCAGCGAUUCCGCCUUCUCCAAUGAGACCAACGCUCAAUCAGAUGGAGCCUCUCUGGGAAUCGCACGGCCGUCAAAUAAACGAGGCUAGCUUGCGAAGAGGGUCAGAUACCAGCGUUGUUCUAACCGAAGAUACAGACAGCUUUAAGAUUGGUGACCGAGUAUGGGUUGGCGGCACGAAGCCAGGCACAAUUGCUUAUAUCGGCGAGACCAAAUUUGCCCCCGGAGACUGGGCAGGAGUCGUCCUGGACGAGCCCAUCGGAAAGAACGACGGUUCAGUGGCGGGUAGCCGGUACUUCCAGUGCGAACCGAAGAGAGGGAUCUUUUCGAGACUCACCAGACUCACCAGGUUGCCGUUGAGCGAUCAUCAGACGAGCUUGAUCAUGACGCCAACAACGCCACCCGACAGCUCUAGGAGUGGCUUCAUCAGCAAAUCCAUGUCGUCGUCAUUGAAUACAUCGACGACAAGUCUGUCGUCUACAACGCAAAAGGGCGAGCUAAGGAUAGGUGACCGGGUGAUAGUGUCGUCGAGCCAAGGCAGCAAAACCGGCAUACUCAGAUAUCAUGGCCUCGCGGAAUUCGCUGCGGGUGAAUGGUGCGGCGUGGAACUGGACGAGCCGAUUGGCAAAAAUGACGGUUCCGUCAAUGACAAAAGAUACUUCGAGUGCUCGCCCAAGUACGGCCUGUUUGCGCCCGUACACAAGGUCAGCAGGUCGCCAUACAACAAGAAGCCUUCCCUAUGCGUGGUGCACAAGCCGAGCGGUGCCGCCCUCAAUGCCAGCCUCCAGAAGAAGAGCGGCUCCCGCGAAUCGCUCGCUUCCAGCCUCGCCUCGAGCGUCGCCAGCGCGAGAAUGAGCACUACGAGCGGAACCACGGCGAGGAGGCCUGGCAUGCGCACGUCAACACCUGCACGAAGUUCAUUGCAGGAAGUUUUGAAAGAGAAGCAGCAGGAGAUCGAGUUCCUGCGAAAAGAGCGGGACUUGGAACGCGAAAGAGUCACCAAGGCGGCGAAUCAAGCUGACCAAGCGGAACAAUCGGCGCUUUCGAUUAAGCAAGAAUAUGAUAAGUAUCGCGAACAGAUGCUGCAGACGGUCAGCGAAACAGAACUCACUGUCACCAAGCUCAUCAACGAGAAGAGUACGUUGGCGAUGCAGCUGGAAGAUGAGAAACGGAAGUGCGAGGAUCUUCUGUUUCGCUUCGAAGAGGAAUCCGUGAAUAAAGACGACAUACAGAAAGAGAGAUCUGAGCAAAGAGUCAUAAAUACUGUAAAUGAAAGCAGGAUCAAAGAGCUCGAGGAUGAACUCGCGUCGGAGCGGCGGGAACGCAUCGUUCAGAUGGAACGUGACAGUACCAAACUUUUCGAGGUCGAAGAGGAAUUGGCGCGACUACGUAACGAGAUCAGUUGCGCGACAAACUCGCAAAACUCUCAGCUUCAAGAUUUGAAAAGUCGUAAUCAGAGCUUGGAGGAAAUAAAAAAUAGUCUGGAAAAGGAAGUACAAGAGAAAUCGGGUCUGGUGAGCGAAUGUGUGGAACGUAUCAAGGAAUUGGAGCUCGUAGUGAGCAAGACGCAUCAGGACAGUGCGAUCCACAAAGAAUCUGAGAAUCGUCUAGAGAAAGAACUAGGAGCUGUCAAACAAAACUUGCAAGACAAAGAAACAAUGAUGGAGAAUCUGAAACAGGAAUUUGAGAGAAACACGAAUAUAUUAAGCGAGGAGUUGCGAAAAUCGAAAGAGAUAAUUGAAACGAUGAAGAAAGAAAACGCAAGCGAAAAGGAUUCACUGCUGUCGGAAUAUCGACAGACUAUCGAACAGAAAGAUCAAUUGAUCAAAAUAAAAACUGAGGAGCUGGAAAACAAGUCUAAGAAGCUGUUAGAGCAGCAGAAUGCAGCUCUGGAAGGCUUGAAGGCUGAGAAUGUUAAUCGUAUCCGUGAACUUUCGGAAUCUUUUGAGCAACAAUUGCGAGUGAAGGACACAAAAAUCGAGGAAGUCUCGCAGCAACUUGGUCAAAAAGUAUCCGAGACUGAAAGAUUAUUGGCCGAAUUGGCCGCUGAGCGAGAGCUCUGCAGGAAGAAGGAUGAAGAACUGAUUAGUGCUCUACAAAAAUUAGAAGAGCUAAAUACGAGGCUUAAAUUGGCUGAAGACAACAAUAGCGUGUUGUCAAAACAAAUUCAAGACUAUAGGUCUAAGAGUGACGACAAUGUCAGGAUUAUUCAUGAGAAGCAAAAAUUGGAGCAAGAUCUAGCUAGUUUAAUCGCUUCGGAGGAGGAAUCCGCCGUACGAUUAAAUAAAUUGAACGAAGAAUUGAAAGUAAAAGACAAAGAAAUCGCGGAAUUGCGAAAUGCUACUGUGGCUCAAAUAGAAGAGAUAACUAAACGGUUUGAGGCUCAAAUUAAUGACAAAGUCAAAUAUAUUGAUGAGAUAAAUGCAGAUGUUUCGCAAAAAGCCAUGAUGCUCGUUAAAUUGGAGAAAGAUAUCGCCGAUUUGAAAGCAAUUAUAGCGAGCAAAGAUGAAGAAAUUAAACAUCUUCUCGAAAAGACUACAGAAUUACAAGACGCCCUCACGUUAUCUGAGCAAACAAAAACGAAUUUGGAGAGCGAACUUCGCGUAUUUGAGUCAAAAAUGCAGAAAUUAAAUGGACAAGUCGCGAGAGCGGAAGAAAAAAUAUCGCAACUCUCGUUACAGAAGGAAAAACUGGAAUCCGAUAUAGCGAACGCGAUUAGCACUUCCGCCGAUUCAUCAGAACAGCUGUCGAGAUACAAUGAGGAUUUGCGAAGAAAAGAAAAGGAAUUAGACCAAGCUCGAGAGAAGAUAUUUCAAACGGAAACUGCACUAAAACAAACAGAGGGAAAACUCUCUAAUACCGAGACAGAGUUAAAUAAAAAUAUGACGUUGGUUGAGCAAAUAUGCUCAGAGAAAUCAAAGUUGGAGUUACAGAUAGAUAAAGCUGAAAAAUCAAAUGCAGAUUAUGUCGAGAAAAUACGCGGAUAUGAACAAGAAAUGAAUGAAUUAUCGUUCAAGGUAGAAGAAGGUGAACACACAAAAAUAAAUUUGAAGGAAAAGUCUGACCAAAUCACCAACCUUACGGAGCAAUUGACAAAGAAGGAUGAAGAAAUCGUCAAUCUUCGUGGAGAAUCCGAAACUCUGCGAAAUUCUUACCAAGAAGAGACAUCCUUGUUACAGAAAAAAAUUACGGAUUUGUCAACCGAAUUGUCGACUUCGCGUGAUGACAUUAAAGAUUUGCAAAAAUGUAAAAGCAAACUAGAGGCUGAUCAAAGCGCGAAUCGUUGGUCAAUCGAGGAAUUGUCAGAUAAAUUGAAAUCCAAGUCAGAUGAAACUUCAAAAUUAGAAAAUUUACUUCAGGAGAAAGAUUCGAAACAUCAGGAAGUGGAAAAUAAAUUGUCGGAAUUGCAGAAAAUGCACGAUGCCUUAGUUAAUGAUAAAGCAACUAUCGAUAAAAAUUUAACAACAUCUUUAAAUACAAUGACAAGUACGGUAGAAGAGUUGAAGAGCAAAUUGAAGGACGCUGAAGGAACGAUUAAAGAUAAAAUUGAUGAAAUAUCAAAGACGAGAGCGGAGACGGAAAAAUCUCAGGUUCAAAUAGUCGAAUUGAACACUACAAUCUCUUCCAUGAAAGAAGAACAUACUCGUAAUAACAAUGAAUUGAAGAACGCACAAGAGGCAAUUACACAGAAACAAAGUAAAAUAAAUGAAUUGUCCGAAAUCAAGACUGUUUUGGAGAACUCAGUGAAGUCACUGGAGACUCAGUUAUCGAAUUUGCACGAAGAGUUAGAUAAAAAAGAGAAGCUGCGAACAGAAGCAGAAGUUAAGAUAAAAGAAUCAGAAUCUUCCAAGGAGGAAGAAAUACUGAAACUGCGGAACUCGUUAGAGUCCGAAGUUGUAACUAAGCAGAAGGAGAUUGAAGACGUAAAUAAACAAAAUAAAGAGUUGGAGGACAAGUUGCGAUUGAUGCAAGACACUGUCGAUAAGCACGAAACCAAUUUAGAUGAUAAAGAAUCUAUUAUCGGUAAAUUAAAGGCGCAAGUAAAAAUUUUGGAAGACGCGCAAGUGGAAAGAGUCAAGGCGGAACAACAGACACGGAACGAGGAGAUAAAGUUGAAGCAGAAUGAGUUGAGUGGCGCGAACAAGCGAAUCUAUGAGUUGCAGCACACGGUGAAUACACUCGAGAAGCAGUUAAAAGAACAGGAAACGAAAUCAGCCGAUCUGGCGAAAAUUAUGGAGAACAAUGAAAAAGAGGUGAAUAAAAACGUGCAAAACUUGCAGGAGAAGUUGAAUAUAGCCAAGGUGGAAGAGAAGCGACUUCUGGAUGAGCUAAAUCGGCUAGAGAAAGAGAACAAGCAAGUCACUGUGAAAUGGAUCGAGGCAACGAAUCAGUUGAAAUUGUCGCAUGAAAAUCUGAAGAACACGUAUGACGGAACGGGCGACACGAAGCAGCACAUCGCGAGAGAUAUCGACAUUACAAAACUGCAAGAGGAGAACGACACCGCAAAGAGUCAAAUAGAUUUCCUAAAUUCCAUAAUAGUCGACAUGCAACGUAAGAACGAGAGUUUGCUGUGUAAGAUCGAGGUUCUUGCGAUGGGGGUUCCCGCAAACGAGGCCGAGGACUAUACUCGAAGCACGCUGGACAAACGAACGGCGGCGCCCCGUAUGUUCUGUGAUAUUUGCGAUCAGUUCGAUCUGCACGAAACGGAAGACUGUCCUCGACAAGCCCAGGAUUUCAUGGAGAACGCCGAGAGAACGGUAAAAACUCCGAAGAAGCAAUCUGUGGAAAGGCCAUAUUGUGAAACCUGCGAAAUGUUCGGACACGACACGCGUGACUGUGACGACGCCGAAACAUUUUAAUAUUACGUCCAUAGCCUUGUUUUGUUUGCUUGCCAAAUGUCCCGUAGCUAUAAAAAGAUCUGUUAGAUUUUACAGAGUAUAUUUUUGUAUUGCCAGAUUUUUCAAUUGGAUCUUAAAUCCGAGCAUAAGUCUUCCCGCGUAAAACGGGCAUAUCCAAAAAACAUAAAGAUUUAUGUUCCCUCCAAAUUGCGAUUUUAUCAAGUCUUCCUCUAUAAAAAAGUUUCGGCAACGUAUAAUUAUCUCCUUAGAUAAUUUUCUUCUAGUUGACUACUGUAGAUUUAUUAACUUAUUUUUAGCGUAAUUUAUCGCCACAUAAUAUUAAUAUUA